AUGACAAUGAUACUGAAGCGACUUAUUCGAAAAUUCAAGAUCUACUGCAAACUGAUAACCUCCUUUCAUCGACUUUGCCAGGCUUAUUUUCUCAGUGUGAACACCAAUAGUUCCGACUUCCAAGGCAUUCAUGGUUUACUGGACGAGCCUGAACAAGAACUUCUCUUUGACGUCAGAAAAUUCAGAGCCAACAAGGAGUCUGGAAUAUCCGCUGAUGCGAGAAGAAUCCUGUCCACUCGGCCGAGCAACAGGACGGAGAAGGAUACAUAUCAUGUACUGAUUUCGAUGAGGAACUACCCGACAUUUUGCGAGUACCCUCUGGCAAUGCAGCAACAGAUUGUGGGUGUUGGUUUUUACGUGUCCUAUCAAGCACAAAGGAUCAUCCUCAGGCAAGGCCAUUGGGCAGAAAACUUCUACUUCAUACUCUCCGGUUCAGUGGUGGUGAGUGUGAUGGAUGAAGGAACGCAUCAGAAUCGAACUGUAGUCUAUCUGAACAGAGGAGAAACAUUCGGGGAACUUGGCCUCGUCAACCGAGCAAAAAGGCAGGCUACAGUCAUCGCAAGGGAACGCAUAGAGAUGAUCGUUAUAAAUGGAAAUGAUUACACAAGAAUCUUUAUGGCCGGUGGUCUUUCAACUCUUCUCAAUCCACAACAAAACGACAAUGCUUUUGUCAGAAACCUACGAUUCUUGGAAGGCUGGCCUCUCCAUCGGCUCGCAGAGAACCCAAAGAAAUGCAUCUUUUCCUAUUUCAAACGGGGAGAUGUUCUUAUUCGAGAAAGUAGGAGAUCAGAUUGGAUCAUCAUAGUAAAAUCAGGCAGCUGCCAAGUUAUGAAACUGCUACGGAAGGCAAGGCCCAAAUCAAGGCGAAAUAACACUGCAGACGAAGAGGACGACGCAGCAAACAAACAACAGAAACGUUGGUCGAACCGUCUGACAUCAAAGGCCAUGGCUGGGACCCUCAUUGAAAACUUUGAACAACGCAAGAAACGAGAAGAGUUCGAAGACUUCAUGAAAGACCUCAACGUCAACGAAGACGGCUCAGCAAAGUCUCACAAUCGAGGAGAACAACGCACAUCAUCAGACGACUCAGACAAGAGAGAUGAGCAUGACGUCGAGAUCGACGAUGAAUGGGCUGAGGAAGAAAUCGACUUUGGUGAUGAAGACGACAAGGAAACAGCGCCCCCAUCGAAUUCAAAGAGUCCAAUGGGUGAUAAGAAUACUCCAACUAAACUUAAAUCGGCCUACCUAUCAAGGAAAAGAAGCAAGUCAAUGGAUGGUGUUCCUAGUGUGUUAUUCGAAGAGGAGGAAGACAAUGGAGUUGAAGAGGGAGUUAAUCCAAUAGCGGACAUCUUGUUUCUCCAUAACGUGCAGCAGAAGGCUGAUAAACAGAAAUCGAACGUCGGAAAGAAGAAAACUCUCCUCGACGACAUCGGCGGAUCCGAUGUCGAAGGCGUAGACGUGGAUGAAAACACAGAGCCGAUAUGGGUUCGAGUGCAGACGCUUAUCAAGGGAUCUGUAUUCGGAUUGGCGGACAUGGCGUACGAGUCCCAACCAAGUUUUGCAGUCAUCAGCAAUGGGGCCGAGUGCAUCCUCCUCUCCAAGAAACUCUAUAUGGAACACGCCAGCAUGCGCAUGAUCAGUAAAUUACGUACACAGUACCAGCGGUACCCACCGGAAGAAGAACUACAGAUGGGGUUAGAGGUCAAACUCAAAUGGGACCUCUACAAGACCGAUACAUUGAAAGGAACCCUCAAGGAAAGCAAACUUAGAGAUAGAGCAUCGAAAUUCAGAUGAUAUCAAAAUAUCAUUUUAUUGUGAAUAAUAAUAACGGUAUAUUUACCCAGGGUAGCCACUUCAGUUUCGAAAACUGUUCUCCCAGCGGGCCCUGCUAUUAUUACCCGGCUAAGCUAGGCUACCUCUUGAAUCUAGUAUGAUAAUGUAUUAUAUACCAUCUUGAGAGUAUAUUAUGAUGAAAGGAAAAUUUAUGUCCCAACACAUCUGUUAGUGAACCAAAAGUUAGUAUGCAACAUCAUUUGGUUUCCUUGAAUAUGGGCGUUGGAGGAUAUA